AUUAUAGUGAACGUGAGAAACGUCGAAAAAUAAUUACUCAACAAAUUACUUUAAAAAUUGUUUUGACAUAGUCUUCGAGUCGCACCCAAAACGUUGAAAAAAAAAACCGAUUUUUAUUUUCUCGGCGUUUUUCGGGAAAACACUCGCAAUACUUGCCCAACUCAAAAACCUUCGACGAUCGAGCUCAGACAAGGAAGAUUUCAAAUCAAAUGCUUCGAUUCAACCUGCUCGCUUCCUAACUCUUCGAUCGUUCUCAUCCAAUUUGUGUGUUUUUUGUCCAAUCGUUUAAGUUGGUUGUGUUGAAGCGGAGAUCUCGAAGAUGAAGCAGCUCCUUCGUUUUCUUCUUCCAUGGUUGCUUCUCUCAGUCCCCUUUUACGAGGCUCGAUUCGUGGUGGAGAAGAACAGCUUGUCGGUGACGUCGCCGGAUAGCAUCAAAGGGACUCACGACAGUGCUAUUGGCAACUUCGGGAUUCCUCAGUACGGCGGAAGUAUGGCCGGUACGGUGGUUUAUCCGAAGGAGAAUCAGAAAUCGUGCAAAGAGUUCAGCGAUUUCUCGAUUUCAUUCAAGUCACAGCCUGGCGCUUUGCCUACCUUCCUCUUGGUUGAUCGUGGAGAUUGUUUUUUCGCUUUGAAAGUGUGGAAUGCACAGAAAGCUGGUGCUUCUGCUGUUCUUGUGGCAGACAAUGUCGAUGAGCCUUUGAUUACAAUGGACACACCAGAAGAGGAUGUUUCGUCUGCAAAAUACAUUGAGAAUAUAACCAUACCUUCUGCUCUUGUCACGAAAGGAUUUGGUGAGAAGUUGAAGAAAGCAAUCAGUGGAGGAGAUAUGGUCAACUUGAAUCUCGACUGGAGAGAAGCUGUUCCGCACCCUGAUGACCGUGUCGAGUAUGAGCUGUGGACCAAUAGCAACGAUGAGUGUGGGGUUAAGUGUGACAUGUUGAUGGAGUUUGUGAAGGAUUUUAAAGGCGCCGCUCAGAUUCUUGAGAAAGGCGGUUACACGCAGUUUAGACCUCAUUACAUCACUUGGUACUGUCCUCACGCUUUUACGUUGAGCAGGCAGUGCAAGUCUCAGUGUAUCAACAAGGGAAGAUACUGUGCUCCUGAUCCAGAACAGGACUUUAGCUCGGGAUACGAUGGAAAAGACGUGGUUGUGGAGAACUUGAGACAGCUUUGCGUUUACAAGGUAGCUAAUGAAACCGGGAAGCCUUGGGUCUGGUGGGAUUAUGUCACUGAUUUUCAGAUCAGAUGUCCCAUGAAGGAGAAGAAAUACAACAAAGAGUGUGCUGAUUCUGUUAUCAAAUCUCUUGGAAUUGAUAGCAGAAAGCUUGACAAGUGUAUGGGAGACCCUAAUGCUGACAUGGACAAUCCAGUUCUAAAGGAAGAACAAGAUGCACAAGUUGGCAAGGGUUCAAGGGGUGAUGUUACCAUAUUGCCUACACUGGUUGUCAACAACAGACAGUACCGAGGCAAGUUGGAGAAGAGUGCAGUACUCAAGGCUCUAUGUUCUGGUUUUGAGGAGACGACUGAACCAGCUAUAUGCCUGAGCACAGAAAUGGAGACAAACGAGUGCUUAGAUAACAAUGGCGGUUGUUGGCAAGAUAAAUCAGCCAACAUAACUGCUUGCAAGGAUACUUUUCGUGGGAAAGUAUGCGUCUGUCCUAUAGUUGAUGGUGUGAGAUUCAAAGGGGAUGGUUACAACCAUUGUGAACCAAGCGGGCCAGGGAGGUGCACAAUCAACAAUGGAGGUUGUUGGCAUGAAGAGAGAGAUGGACAUGCCUUCUCUGCUUGUGUGGACAAGGACAGUGUUAAGUGCGAGUGUCCUCCAGGAUUCAAAGGUGACGGUAUUAAGAAGUGCGAAGACAUUAAUGAGUGCAAAGAGAAGAAAGCCUGUCAGUGCCCGGAAUGUAGCUGCAAGAACACCUGGGGAAGCUACGAGUGCUCUUGUAGUGGUGACCUUCUCUACAUGAGAGAUCAUGACACUUGCAUCAGCAAGACUGGUUCACAAGUGAAGUCAGCGUGGGCGGCUGUUUGGCUUAUAAUGUUAUCAUUGGGACUUGCAGCUGGUGGUGCGUACCUCGUUUACAAAUAUAGGCUAAGGCAAUACAUGGACUCAGAGAUCAGAGCUAUAAUGGCACAGUACAUGCCACUAGACAGCCAACCAGAGGUCCAACACCAUGUGAACGAUGAACGUGCUUGAGAGAGCGGAGUGGUUCAUCUAUUUAUUCUCCGGCGAUGACUCAAGGUGACAUGUUCUUUUGAUUGUUGUGGCCUUUUGAUCCCGGUGUCUUUUUUGGGAUUAUGUAUCUCUGUAACACAUAUACCAUACAAGUGUACUUGCAUAAAGAUGUUCGAGUGACUUCGUGCUUUUUUUAAGCAAUGUGGCUCCUAUGUCUUGUUACUUGUGUCCAUGGGACUUGUGGUAUAGGGAAAAAAAUCUGUUGUAGCUUUGAAGAAAUAGAAACAAACAUGAAUGUUUUUAAAGUUAAUCUUUUAGUCUUGGACAAGUUCGGUUAUUUGUGUAAUUUUUCGUUAUGUUUGUUUACUUUAAUUGUUGUCGAACCAUUUUUUUAUUAAUCAAUCACUGAUAAAGGACACUUGGAAUGCAA